UUUGACUUUGAAGGGGACGGGUUGACACUUUUAUGUUUUUUGUUUGUUUUUUAUCUUUGUAAAGAGUAGAAGUGCUUGAAAACAAAGUUCAUUUUUAUAAUAAUCAGUAAAUGAGUGAAUAAGUGUGAUAAUAAUAAUUGUUAAUUAGAAUACAUUUAAUUUAGAAAUAAACGGAUAUCUAAAAUGGUUAGAGAAUACAUUGAAGUAUCAAAACCAGAGAUUGAGGAUUUAAGAAAAUCAUUCCUGGACGAAGUCUCUUCAAAAGGAAAUGAUAGUAUUCAUCCUAAAGAUUUACAAAGGGUAAAAACAGAUGAUGACUGGCUACGGAGGUUUUAUUUACAUCAAGAGAAAAAUCAGGAAAAAGCCCGCGAGAUGAUGUGGUCGUCAAUAUCAUGGAGGAAAGAGCAAAACGUAAAUGAAAUUAAUGAAGAUACCGUUAAUAAGGAAAUACUUUGUUCCGGAGCUUUUUCCAUACAUGGAGAAGACGUAGAUGGUUGCAAAUUAUUAGUUUUCAAAUGUAAUAAGCAUACAAAAGGUGCUAUAGAUGUAAAUAUAGUCAAACAAUGUAUUAUCUAUUGGUUUGAAAGAUUAGAAAGAACUACAAAAGGAGAUUUCUGUUCUAUAUUUUUUGAUAUGGAAGGAUGUGGCCUAAGUAAUAUGGAUAUGGACGUGAUAAAAUACCUAAUAGGACUGUUUAAUUCGUAUUAUCCCUAUUUUUUGAACUAUAUACUCAUUUUUGAAAUGCCUUGGGUGCUAACUGCUGCCUUUAAAAUAGUUAAGACUUUAUUGCCUGAAAAAGCUAAAGAAAAAAUUAAAUUUAUAUCUAAGAAAGAUAUAAGUACCUUCGUGCCUACUGAACAUAUCAUUACAAGCUGGGGUGGUAAAAACCCUUAUGUAUUUAGCUUCGUUCCCGAAACCUUUCCUGAUCAAGAAAAGGAAAAGGUGGUCGUGUCAAAUAAUAAUAAAAAGGUUCACUUUGUCGAUGGUUCAAUGUCAGAACAGGCUGCAGCCGCUACUACCGCCGAAAAAGAAUCGGAUGGAGGGUACCUCAAAGUUACUCCACCAGGUAUCAUCACAUUCGUCAAAGAUGGAAACGAACUUAUUAGUACCUUGGAACUUCAAAAUGCAGAUGACAGUAUCCAUGUCUCCUAUAAGCUUAAAACGACUUCCCCCGAAAAAUUUAGGGUUAAACCAAGCACAGGGUGUUUGGCCCCUGGCGAGACUGUCGUUGUUAAUGUAACGCUAUUCCCUGGAUUUCAACUUGGGGGUCUGUCACGUGAUAAAUUCCUUGUAAUGAGUACGCCAAUGGAAACCAGUGAAUUAGAUAAUUUAGAUUUACCAGAAUUGUGGAAGAAUACCAGUGGCAGGAAACUGUACCAGCACCGACUGAAAUGCAUCCAAAGUGGAGAAGUUACCAAGAACGGCAACGUAACCGUGACUACGCCAACUGCUGCCGAAACCGACCAAAGCAGCAUCAGUCAAUUGUCAUCGACGAUCUCCGAGAUAAGAACGGCGCAAAUAGAGUUGCGGCAGUCCGUGAAAAUAACCCAAUAUUUCCAAAUGGUGACCUUAUUUUUAGUUUUAAUACUAGGAGUCGUAGUAGGGUACAUGGCUCGUAAUUCCAAGGACACAUCUUCAGAACACCCCUACUGUAAUCACCCAUAACAAUAACUCUCAUAUGCAGGGCCUCCGAUUGAGAUACCUUUAUUUUACAAAGUAUUACAUAAAAUGUUCUUACAAUUUUUAUAUUUGUUUUGUAUUUUACAAGAUUAUUUUUAGGGCUCUGCGUUGAAAAAAAAGUGAUGAUAAACGGUAUUUGCUUGAGCGAUGUCACUUUGAAAAAUGAUUAGAAAUGGGGAAAUAUGACAAUCAAAAUGUUUGUUUGAACUGGCUUGAGCUUGUAAUUAAACCUUUAAUCAUUAAAUGCAAAUGUAUAAUUACAAUUUAUUACAUAAAAUGCAUUAUCCGCCUGAAAACAAUGUAUGAAGCAGUUACUAAUCGUUAGGCUGAAAAGUUCGUAGGCUAACAUAGAAAGAAAUUUUUGAAAGUUAUACUUUAGGCGCGAUUGGGAGUGAAUUUUUAUUAUCCUGUGCGCAUGCGCACACAGACAGUAUGGCGUUGGUUGCUAAAUCUUAAAGUUAUGUAUAAAUAUAUCAGUGCAAAAAAGGUGUGAAAAGAAUAUAUUGGUGUUUUUAGUAAAUAUAUUUAUUAUAAUUUUUGUGUUUUUGGAUUUGUCUUCCUCGGGAGUAAGAUAAGUAUUAUUAAAACAUUUAUAUUUCUGUUUUGUUACCGUGAAUUGUCAUUAUGUCCGAGACUAUACAAACAGAGACGUCGUAGCGUUAUUGGUAUAGCAUUCGGCUACAGAUCGAGAGGUCUUGGGUUCAAAUCCGGACCGUUCCUAUUCUUUUUUUUAUUUUUGGAAAAUGGUAAGAUUAAAAUUAGUUUAAUAUUUAAACAAAAUAAAAAUAAACUGUUUAACGUAGGUACAUUUAUUUCGUUUAAAUCGUGUAAUAGAAGUAUAACUUCUUAUGUGCGUACAAAGUACACGCAUAUUCUUUUUUUUUUAUAAAAUUUUGAUUGAUUUUAUUAUUCAAUAUAGUUACUUUCGUGGGCGAUACAACAAUUAUAGCGGUUAUACAACUUUUCAGUACCAUUUUUAUAAUACAAUUUGUCUUUAGCCUCAAAAUAAGCUUCAGUUUCUGCGAUUACCUCUUCAUUGGUGCUAAAUUUCUUUCCAGCGAGCAUUCUCUUGAGGUCAGCGAACAGGUGGUAGUCGCUGGGUAACACAUCUGGUAAAUAGGUGACUGCGGAAGGAAAGUACUGAUGCCACAACCUUGCCAGCCGACUGUUGCGUCUUUCCACGCUUUGGUGUCGGUUCAUCACGUGCAGUCCAUUUGGCAGACUAUUGAUUGGACUCCGGUGUGAAAUGAUGGAACCAUGUUUCAUCCAUUGUAAUAUAUUGACGCAAAAAUUCGGUUUUAUUAUGAAAAAAGAGCUUGAAACACUUCUCAGAAUCAUCAAUUCUUUGUUGAUUUUGAUCGAUUGUGAGCUCUCGCGGAGCUAUCUCGAACAACUUCACUUUACAGUCAUCCAAAAAUAUUUUGUGGACUUUUUUGAUGUUUUUGUGGGUAACAGCAUCGUUUCAAUAUUUUUUUUGGCCAAAAAGCAAUGCAAAAGACACCCAACUCUUUUUUAUCCAUUUUUUAAACUAACACAAUUUGCUUCACUCAAAAUGCUAAAUCUCAUAAACUAAUAGUUCGGCAGCUGUCAAAUUUAUAGACGCAUCUUUUGAAGGUUAGGGUUGACUAAAAAUCAUAUGGAUUUAAUACCAGUAGUGCCAUCUAUUUGUCAGUCUACGAACUUUUCAUCCCACCUUACUUAGAACAAACCUUAGAACCAAUAAACAUCAGCCGUAUUUGUUCAUCACCACGAACAUUUGCUGUAUUUAACACAGAUCCGCUGUCCAGGAUAUUAGCCUCUAGAGUCCAGGUCUUGGUGACAUGUGCCAACACAGACCAUUUGAUCAUUUUUUGACGUAAUUUUAGGUUUAUCACUUAGCCAAAAGACACAACCACAACCCUAUCGCUGAUAGGUAUUUGGGCGCCCCAACGUGGGGCGCCAUGUCAUCUAUAGGGGAAAUUAAGUCUGGAAAAUGCCCCUUCGACCAUCCUCCGUGUAGAAGUUCAAAUACCUAUCAGCGAUAGGGUUGUGGUUGUGUCUUUCGGCUAAGUCGUUUAUGACAUCUUUAUUUCCAUAUUAUUGAGUUGGAACUUGCCAUUUCUAGGCGUAUCUCUGGUUUGAGAAUUCAUCUCAUAUUCUUACAUUUAAAAUAGGAAAUAGGGUAGAGAAAACACAGUUUUUAAAGUUGUAACAAAGAACUGGCAGCACAAAUUCUAUAUAAAGGACAAACGUGUCCGCAAAAAGGCCACAUGGCCGCAACAAGGCCACAUGGCCGCAACGGCGUAAGCCGGGGCCCACUAGAGGCACGUCAGGUGCUCGUCAAGACUGAAGACUGAGAAAGCGUCGGUAAGGAUUCGCCACCUUUUAUAGUUUUGAAUCGCUACCGAAUGACAAAAUUUUUUGUAUAGAAACGCGUGCCAUUGGUGACAUUAGAUUGACAAGAUCGACUUGAAAUUCAAUUGACAGAUGCCAUCGCCAUAUUAGUGCAUCUUCGGAAGUAAAAUUUGGCGUCUCUUUUUAGUUGCAUCCUUGGUCAAUGUUUGCCUCUUUUAUUAAUUUGCUAUUAAUCGGCAAAAGGUUCCAAAUUUAAUGGUUUUACUCAUCCUCAACUUCGUUAACAUCUACUCAGCUUUGAGUAUAUGAUCUAACUUUGACUAUUUUCUGCACUUCUUUCAACGUAUCUACGAGCCAAAAUACUCACAAUAUACAUCACUAAAAACGAUAAAAUCACAUAUACGAAAAACACGAUAAUUCCUGAUUGCCAAGUCCGCUUAAGCUCAAAAUAUUGCCCAAAACCUAAUCAUUUUUCAUGUAAAAUUUAAUUUAGCCGUUUAUAUUUUUGUUUAUAUAUCCAGUGUUAAAUAUAUUCAAACCCAGAAAUUGGAAUACGCUUUAUAAAGUGACAUUGCAAGCUUUGUCUAGGUUUGUUGAAUUUUAAAAUAUUUAUUUUCGGUAUUUUUCGAUUAAAUUUUAGAAAAUGUAUAUAUCUUGAUGAGGUAGUUAAUUUAAAUGAAGCAUAUUUUUAAUUGUUUUAAUCAUAUAUAAAUAAUAACACAAUAGGAACGUGUUGUAAUACUAGCUCCGUUUAUUCUAUUAUUUUGAAGAUAAUCUUUAGUACAUGGUAUACUAUAACUGUGGUUAUGCAGCAGUCGUAUUGUUAAAAUAAGGGAGUCAAAAGACAAUAAAGGCCACUUUAAAUAAUAACAAGGCAUUUACUAAAGAAACAUUUAUAAAACAAAAAAUUUAAGAAAAAUCUGUGUAAAAGGUAAAUUUAUUUUAAAACCCCAAUAAAGGGCUACAAUUACAAAACAGAACGUUUUCGCUCUAAAGAGAGCAUCAUCAGUGUUAUUUGCCUAAAAUAAAAUACGAAAGAGUUAUGGACAAAGGUCUUUUUAGGUCGUAAUACAUAAAAGUUGAUAUCUAAUCUUAUGACCCUUUACUAUAAAGAUAGGAUGUUUUUGAAGUUAUACUUCUUUAGGUACGAGGGUGAAUUUUUACAUUCCCUGGCGCAUGCGCACACCGACAGUAUGCUAUUAGUCGCUACAUCUUUAUGUAGCGCAAAUAAGGUGUGCGUGAAAAGAAUAUAUUAUUAGUGUUUUUAGUAAAUAUAUUUAUUAUAAUUUUUGUGUCUUUGGAUUUAUCUUCCUCGGGAAUAAGAUAUUUUAUAAUAAUAGUAAUAUAGUAAGUAUAUUUAAAGUAUUUUUGUAUACUUCACUUGGUCUAUUAAAUUUGUCAGUAUGUAUGAGAAGUCUUGUAACCUGUCACAGCAAAGGGAAUAUAGCUAAGUGGUAGAACGUGUGACCGGGGAUCGAGAGGUCUCCGGUUAGGAUCCGUGUGUUUUCUAUUUUUUUUAUUUUUGGUAUUGUUUUAAUAAAAAGGACCCCGCACAAACCUUGUGGAAAAUAGGUGCCAGUGGAUUUCGUUCAUACUUUGGGAAAAUACUCUUUGAAGCAUCCUGAUAAAAAGUUCUCAUGGGCACAACUCAAUCGUAUGAAGGAUUUUCAAUAUAUAGAGGCCCAAACUCGGAAAAUUAUAAGAUUUACGGGGUAUUCCAAUUCCCUGAGUUCUGGUUAUCUGGCAACAUGUAGAAGUUUGGAUCAAGGAAAAGUACUAGUCGUCUAGGAAUUUUUCCUGACUAUCCAAAUGGCGACCUUUACUUUGACCUUGACCUUCAACGGACGUCAUCUUCUAGAGUUUCAAGGGUUUUCGGCAUUCAAUUGAUAUAAACAGAUUACUCACGGGUUUUUGGGAUCGCUAAACACGAAUAUGCCAUCAGAAUUGCCCUCCGGAUGACGUGGUGGCCAGGGCCUCUGCAAGGGACGUCAUCUUCUAGAGUUUCGAUGGUUUUCGGCAUUUAAUUGAUGCAAAUGAAUUACUGGAGGGUUUUUUUGAGGUCUCUAUACACGAAUAUGCCACCAGAACCGACUCCCGGAGCACCUGGUUUCCAAGGUCAAUGAAAGGGGCUCCUGGAGUUUCGAGGGUCUUUGGUAUUACAUUAAUGCAAACGGAUUAGUUAUAGGUUUUUGGGGUUGCUGAACACGAAUACGUGAUCAGCACAGACACAGGAGCACCUGGUGCCUAAGACAGGUUAUCUUCUGGGGUUUCGGAGGAAUCAAAUGGAUUACUCUUAGGUUUUUGGGGUUGCCGAACACGCAUACAUGCAUAUUACCGAACAGGCACUAUGGCACGUCAUCUUCUGGAGUUUCGAGGGUUUUCAGCAUUAAAUUGAUGAAAACGGAUUACUCAUUGCUUUUUGGGGUCGCUUUUACGCCAAUACGCCAUCAGAUUCGACCCAAGUGUUUUUAACAAGUGUUUUAAUAAAUGUCAUAUUUGGACAAUGGCCUCCCCAUGAGUUCUCCAUUCUUCUCUGUUUUUUGCUUUGAUGUCAUCUAUUUAAUUCCGAAACCUGUUGAAACUCUAGAAGAAGACCUGCGUUAGGCACCAGGUGCUCCGUGGAUCGGAUAUAUCGAAUUCACAUUCAGCAGCCCCAAAAACCUGUGAGUAAUCAGUUUACAUUAAUUAGUACCGAAAGCUCUCGAAUCUCCAAAGCAUGACGUGCGUUAGCCACCAGGUACUCCGAUGUCUGUUCUAAUGGGGUAUUCGUGUUUAGCAACUCCAAAAACCUAUGAGUAAUCCGUUUGCAUCAAUCUAGUACCAACGACCCUCGAAACUCCAGGAGCCCCUUUCAUUGACCUUGGAAACCAGGUGCUCCGGGAGUCGGUUCUGGUGGCAUAUUCGUGUUUAGCGACCUCAAAAAACCCUCCAGUAAUUCAUUUGCAUCAAUUAAAUGCCGAAAACCAUCGAAACUCUAGAAGAUGACGUCACUUGCAGAGGCCCUGGGCACCACGUCAUCCGGAGGGCAAUUCUGAUGGCAUAUUCGUGUGUAGCGAUCCCAAAAAGCCAUGAGUAAUCUGUUUAUAUCAAUUAAAUGCCGAAAACCCUCGAAACUCUAGAAGAUGACGUCCGUUGAAGGUCAAGGUUAAAGUAAAGGUCGCCAUUGGAUAGCCAAGAAAAAAUUCUAGGCUACUAGUACUUUUCCUUGAUCUAAACUUCUACAUGUUGCCAAAUAACUAGUAACUCACGGAAUUUGAAUACCCCGUAAAUCUUAUAAUUUUCCGAGUUUGGGCCUCUAUAUCUUGAAAAUCCUUCAUACGAUUGAGUUGUGCCCAUGAGAACUUUUUAUCAAGAUGCUUCAAAGGGUAUUUUCCCAAAGUAUGAACAAAAUCCACUGGGACCUAUUUUCCAUAAGGUUUGUGCGGGGUCCUUUUUGGAAAGUAGUAAGUAAAAAUUAAUUUAAUCUUCAAAAUAAAAUACAAAUAACCUGUUGAAAGUAUAUUUAUUUCGUUGAAAUCAUAUAAUAGAAGUAUAACUUCUUACGUGCGUACGGAGUACACACACAGUCUUUUUUUUUGGACUGGUUUAAUUUCACCUUUUUCCUAUGUGACUAUGUGUGUUAUCACCUUCAUUUGGCUGAAAUGAUCCGAAUGAUAAGAUUUAUUUUAUACUAGCAGCAAUUACUUGUAUCUCUUUCUGUCAUGAGUUUCCUGGUUUUGACGAAAUAAUGAUUAUUAACAAAACACUAAGCCAAAAGCAACUACAAAAUGUGAUACAAAUCAAGCGUUUUAGAUUUUCUUUAUUUUUUUAUCUUUAGUAUUGUUUUGUUUAAAUAAAUGACUUAUUUUUAGAAUUAACUACCUCAGAAAGGUAUAAUCGUCAUGCACAAUUAGAUUUUAGAAAAAAAUUUAUUCACCCGCGAGUUGCUAAGUUUGAUUUAUAUUCUAUUUUUAAAGAAAAAUUAAAGUGAGUUAAAUAAAAAUUAUUUAGUACCGUUAUUUCAUUAAUUUGUAGGCCGGAAAGGAAUUGUAAAGUUUUUUAAUAUGUAUUAUUUAUAUGUAAGUUUAUUAUAGAAAAUAUAAAAAUUGUUUUUA